UGUCAGCCAUUUUUUAUACCCCAAUGUACGACGACUGUCUUGUUCGGGAGAGGGCGACUCAUGUGUAUUUCGGAGGGACUAAACAUUGGGAAAAAGACAAUAAGGGCACUACUCAAAAAAUAACUGAAACACUCAACUCAAAUAUUUAUUUGCCCCCCCCCAUUAAUAUUUCACUCACUCAACUCAACUGUUGAACUGUCUCUUACGCGCGUGUGCUACGCUUCUGUUUAGAGAGAGACGGAGACAAAUAUAAAACGCGAUUCUCAGCAAAGAGUGAAUGAAACAUAAGCGCUUUCUCACUGCAUAUGAAAUAAAAACGCUCGAAUGCUUUUUCGAGGAAUUCACUGUCGCUGUUCUUCAUUAUUUCUCAACCGAUGCGACAACAAUGACCAUCGGCGAUGAACAGUCCAUUGGAGCAUAAUUUCAAAGACUACAAUUGUAAAAAUUCUAUUAUUAUUGAAGAAGACCCUACUGCAAAUAACUCACCAGAAGCCGAUGAACGAGAUUACGAAAAUUCGGUAGAAGAUUUGCCAAAGUGCGAAAUUUGCGGUGAAGAAUUUGUCACAAAAAAGGAUCUGCGAUCCCACAUUAUCGUUCAUUUGGGCGAACCAAGAAUCGUUCUUAAACGGUGCUCUGGAUUAAAGGCCUUGAAAAAUAAAAAAGAAAAAGAUACUUAUUGGCUUGAUCCUGGUACCAAGGGGUCCCUCAAAUUGACUUUGAAAAAACAUCAACUCGUUACGGGAGACACACUGAAACUUAAACUUAAAAAAUCUUCAAAGACAAAAGAUUUUGCGGUUGUCAAAAGCCAGCUGGAACUGGAGCACAAAGAGGAAGCAAGCGACUCUGAGGAAGUGGCAGGAGAUACGGAUAAUGUGCAGAUGGAUGAUAAAGAAAGAGAAGAAGAGACGGAUCAACAAUCUUAUGAAAAUGUGAUAGUUAACGAGGGGGAAGGUUACGAGAACGAAGAGGACGAAAAUUAUGAUGAAGACGAAAUCAGUAAUCCAUUGGAGGACAAUGAAAUAGCAUCCUUAGAAGCAAAUGAGGGUGAUUCCGGAGUUGGUAGUGAUAUGGCAAAUCCUUCAGAACGAGAAGAUCAGAACGUGGACGAUCUUCAGGCAGUGGGAGAAAGAUCUUUUAUCAAUAAUAGACACGCUAGCACAGCAGAGGAGAACGAGCCUGAAGACACAGAUGCCCUUGAAGCUACUUGCCGUGAAACAAUAGAGAACUUGAAAAAACUUGGCGAACACUCCAGUUCCAGGAGUUUGAGCAAUCUCGGCAUAUUGCAAGGUGCUGAUGAUGACAACUCGAUGGAGCCGGUGAACAUGACCCAGAACAUAGACGAAGAAUCAGCUCUGAGUAACUUAUCAAAAUCCUCAUCCUAUUCGCUACGUUCAGGAAACGAUGGGGAAUCACCUCGAAGAAGAGAAGGAGGAAUCGAAGUUGGAGAUGCGUCGUGUGAUCGAUCACCGGAGGAAAGUAAUAAUUUUAGUUGGAAUCAUUUGUCGGAGGAUUUAUCGCGUAAGAGUGCUGAAGAGCAGGAGGAAGACCGAAGUAAAGACGACGAUUCGCCGGUGAACGGUGGUGGUGACAACAAUUUGGACGGUGCGGGUUCGUUGUUGCAAAACUUUCUGAUAGAGCAUCAGCGUAGAAAUCAGAAUGAGAGGACAAUGGCGAACACUUUGCCGCUGGUUGAGACGGAGUACGUGUCUCUGGAGAAGCUUGCGGAGACGGUGAGCACGUGUCGUGUUUGUAACGAGAAAUUUCGCGACAUAGCACAACUGGACGAGCACAGAUCAACGGCAGGACAUUAUCAGUGCAAUUCAUCGGAAUGUUCGAGUCUGAUAUUUACAACGUCGAUCGAAUUGUCGAUGCACAAAUCCCAGGCGCACGGGAAAUCAAUCUCGCCGCACAUAAGUAGAAACUCGCCGCAUUUGAACGAGGGCUCGCCGCACGUCAAUCGCAAUUCGCCACACAUUUUGUCCUCCGGCUCUAACACAAAUUCUCCCCACGGAGUUUCCCUUGGUUCACCCAAUACUUCCGGUGUACCUCACAUGAAUUCACCCCUCGCUUCGCCCCACAAUACCCACUCUCCGCAUCACAUACAAUCUCCUCAUCAUCACACGCAUUCGCCCACUUACAAUCCCGCCGCUCAUUUGAACAAUCCUGCCCAACAGGCCGCGAUCACUCCCGUUAAUUUCGAACAAUUGCCCGCUCCUGUCCAACAAUUAGCCCAACAAGUUCAACGUAUGCCGUUACCCACUUUGCCACCUGGUGCCAACACCAUGAUUCCUGGAGCCAAUUACUACGCACAACCUCCCGGAAGACCUCCUCCCAUGUACCGUAUGACCGGAGCUCCUCAACCCAUGCAUUAUCCUCCUCAUAUCGCUCAUUUGUAUCCACCCUAUGGUCCGGCUCCUGGCGCUUAUCCCAUGCCUGGACCUCCGCCACCUCAGAUGCAUCCUCAAAUGAAUCAUCAACAGCAAAUUCCUCGGAAUCGAUAUCCGACGCAUAUCCAAAAUCCUCGAGCCCCACGGAUUCCGCAAUUAGCGUCAGCUCCCCGUCAACGUAUGAAAAGGCCUUUGCAGCCGUCACAGCACCCUCUCCAACAGCAACAGCAGCAACGUACCAGUGAAAUUUCGUCGAAACAGAGGCGAAUGGAUCUUUUGUUGCCCGACAGAAACGAAGAUUCCGACUGCCAUGUGAUCGCGCAACAGAAGCGUAACGACGGUCUUCCGGUGAUACAAAACGUUCAGGGAGCUGCGGUUCAGCAGACGAAUCGAAACGACUCGACCAUUCAUUUGACCGAUUCGAUAACGUUAAGCGUUCGUCAACCGGCUGGCUCGAAUUCAGCUCAAGUUCCGAGUCCUGCUAGCGGCGGAACCCCGAAAAAACCGGAUCCCAAAGCAGUGGCAAACGUUUUGGCGGCUCGAGGAAUAACUGUCACUCCUGCGGCGAGCAAAAACAAAUCAAACGACUCCCAAAAACAAUCAGCCUCGCAACAACAACCACAAUCGCAACAGAGACAAUCGAACGCGGCAGCUCCUCCCUCGGCUGUAAACGUCACCGCGUUGAAUCUCAACUCCGCCAUCUCAAUUAUUCCCGCCAGUUCCCAGAGGAAACAACAAGAGGCUCAGCAGCAGCAACAACAUCAACAACAAUCGCAACAACAACAACCACAAACGCAGACGCAAUUCGCCGUGCCUCAAAACAAACACCCACCACAGAGUAAACAGCAAUCUUCGAACGACGUUGAACGUCCCCCGAGACCUCCGACGGUCGACCUCACUCAAGAUACCCCUCCUACUGCUCCUGUUGUUAGAAGAGGCAGACCACCUAGAGCUAUGUUGACUUGCCAAGUAUGCGAUAAAAUUUUCCCGAAUCAAGAAAUGCUGAGCCAGCAUAUGGCGACUCAUCGAACAACGAACAAAUUGCUACACAAGUGCAAUCUGUGUCCAGCCCAAUAUCCAACGGGACAAGCUCUGGCAAUGCACAAGCAAACGUAUCACAAGGAGGUGGAUGCGUAUCCGCCGAACGGUGGAAUCGAGUUGGCGAUUCCUGUAGUAGAUUUGAAAUCUCCUCAAGUAUUGAACAGGUUGACGAAUCUAGGAAUACAAAGCUUCAUACCGUUAUCACAGCUUAGUGCCCAAACCGGUGGUUAUUUCGGUUUGCCAAUAAUAACCAUAGAUGGAGCGAGAAAUCCGAAUGCUUGUAAUCUCGGUGCGCUCGGUGCUACUUCUAUCCUUAGUUUAGGACCACUGAAACAUCUCUCAAACAGAUAACUGUGGUCACCUUAUUAGCGUUUCCCCUUUACACGCACCCUCGUAUAUAUGCGAAUGUAUAAAAAACGUUGAUACUACAUUUUUAUACUGGAAAAGCGAAUUUUCACAAAUCUAUACAAGAAAUUUCAAAGUUUGGCUACCGUCCUUUGAAAUUCGCUCAGGUCUCUCUUUUUUUUUCCAAAAUGAAAAAAGCUUUAAAGAUUAACACGUUCAUUGAUUUUUAAUUCGUUUUUCGUUAUUCUCACAAAAGUUUCUCUUUUCACUAAUCAUUGAAAAUUUCAUAUUACUUUAUUACUACGGUGUGUUAAAAAUUGUUCCCAAAACUUUCCUACCAAUUAUAUGAGCAGGUGAACAAAAAGAUAAUAUUUAUAUGGAUGUUACUCAGAAUCUCCUAGAUUCAAUGGUUAAUUUUGUAAACGUGAGUUUAGAACUGAAUUUUGAAUCGAAAAGUUGCUUGUAGUUAAGUUUUCAAAUAUUAGCACUUCUACCAUAUAUAAUUUUUGUAGGGCAUCAAAUUUCCUGAAAAAAAAUGUUCCUCGUCACGUAUGUCUAUUUUUUAGUAAUGCAUCUGUCAGGGUAUUCGCCAAACUGCUUGGUUUUUGAAAAGCUGCAAGUUUUGAUCCCGAAGUUCUUUCUAAUUUGCCCUCAAAACUAAAUUGGCAAAGAUAGAAAAAUGACAUCAGAGGCUUUUUUUUAAAUUUCAUUUCUCUCUACAAAAUUGGUGUCAUGCAAUUUUGCUCAUUCUCUGAUCAUUUACAGUGCCCACGAUAGAAGCUAAUGAAAUUGAGAUUAAUGCUUUCGAUUCGAGAUUCGAUUCUAAACUUAAAUUUAUAUUGCUGACCACAAAGCCAGGAAUAUCUUGUUUAUAUGUACGCAGAGAUCAUAACAGUGUAAAAAGGGCUUGAUUUAAAAAAAAAUGCCAAUAGAAUUAAAAUGCAAAGACGUUUUUGCCCUUUUGAGGAUAUAGGCCAGAACUGACUUAAUUAAUAUAUCAUCGUGUAAAUAUUUGUACGAUAUAAGUAUACGUAUGUAAAUGCACGGAAAAAUAUCGUGUUUAAACAAAAAAAAAAAGAGAGAAAAAAGAAAAUACGAAAAUGCUAAUGUGCAAAAAAAGGAACUUGAAAGGUUUCGGUUGUUAAAAUCGUUCUACGGCAAUGAAAUUUGCUCCUCUUAUUUGUUUUCAGCUCCGUCAAAUCUCAUUGCUGUAGAAUCGAUACCUAUCCCACGUUUCAUUUAUGUUGAGUCUUUCCUUAAAUUAAGUUUUAUUAUGUGAAGACAAGAAACAAAGAGCAUGUCUACGCUGUUCGACAUGUUUUUUUAAUCAUUCAGUAUUUUGUGCGAUACUCGCGACAUGUUGAAAGGAAAUAUAUAUCUAAUAUGAAAAUAUAAUUUCGUAAAAUAACGCUCAAA